GCGCGGGCGGCACCCAGGUCAGCUGUUCCGCCACGGCCCGCGGCCGCCCCGCCCCUUCCCGGGUCUUAUAAGCCUCUCCCGCCUGCGAGUGUGGGUCCGAACUGCCCGCUGCCCUCCCCGGCCAGGCGCCCCGCCCUCCCCGCAGCAUGGUCUGGAACACCAACCUCCGCUGGCGGCUGCCGGUCACCUGCCUGCUCCUGCAGGUGGCCAUGGUGGUCCUCUUCGGCGUGUUUGUGCGCUACGAGGCCGAUGCCGACGCCCACUGGGCCGACAAUAAGGCGCAACACAACACCAGCGACCUGGAGAACGAAUUCUACUACCGCUACCCGAGCUUCCAGGACGUGCACGUGAUGAUCUUCGUGGGCUUCGGCUUCCUCAUGACUUUCCUGCAGCGCUACGGUUACAGCUCCGUGGGCUUUAACUUCCUGCUGGCGGCCUUCGGCAUCCAAUGGGCGCUGCUCAUGCAGGGCUGGUUCCACUCCUACCACGAAGGCUACAUUCACGUGGGCGUGGAAAACCUCAUCAAUGCGGACUUCUGCGUGGGCUCUGUCUGUGUGGCCUUUGGGGCAAUUCUGGGCAAAGUCAGCCCUGUCCAGCUACUCAUCAUGACUCUCUUCCAAGUGACCCUCUUUUCAGUGAAUGAGUACAUCCUCCUCAGUCUGCUAGAGGUAAAGGACGCAGGGGGCUCUAUGACCAUCCACACAUUUGGUGCCUACUUUGGGCUCACAGUGACCUGGAUCCUCUACCGGCCCGGCCUACAUCAGAGCAAGGAGAGGCAGAAAGCUGUGUACCACUCGGACCUCUUUGCCAUGAUCGGCACCCUCUUCCUGUGGAUGUACUGGCCCAGCUUCAACUCAGCUGUGUCCAACCACGGAGACGCCCAGCACCGAGCUGCCAUCAACACCUACUGCUCGUUGGCAGCCUGCGUGCUCACCUCGGUAGCACUGUCCAGCGCCUUGCACAAGAAGGGCAAGCUGGACAUGGUGCACAUCCAGAAUGCCACGCUCGCAGGAGGGGUGGCCGUGGGGACGGCCGCUGAAAUGAUGCUCAUGCCUUACGGCUCCCUCAUCGUUGGCUUCAUCUGCGGCAUCGUCUCCACCCUGGGUUUUGUAUACCUGACGCCAUUCCUGGAGGCCCGGCUGAGGAUCCAGGACACGUGCGGCAUUCACAACCUGCACGGCAUUCCCGGCAUCAUCGGUGCCAUCGUGGGUGCCGUGACCGCGUCUUGUGCCACCACCGAUGUGUAUGGAAGAAACGGGCUUGCCCUUGCCUUUGGCUUUGAUGGUUUCAAGACUAACUGGAACGCAAGCAUGCAGGGCAAGUUUCAGGCUGCUGGUCUCUUUGUGUCCCUGGCCAUGGCCCUGGUGGGCGGCGGCAUCGUGGGAAUUAUCCUGAAACUGCCAGUCUGGGGACAACCCGCUGAUGAGAACUGCUUUGAGGAUUCGGUCUACUGGGAGACGCCUGAGGAGCCAAAGAGCACGGUCUUGCAUCCUGAGGACUCUACCCUCAAGCCCGCAGAACCUUAAACUCCCAGGCCAGGUGAGAAGCAGCAGCUGCCAAGAGGAGCAUGUUAAUUAAACGUCGGCAAAGAUGGAAGCUGGAGGCCCCGGCUCUAAUUGGACAGUUUGCUUCACCGGAUUGAAAAACAUUGUGACAAAGGAGGAGGUGCGCGGCCGCGCGGCAGGGGUGCGGCGCGGCGAGGAGGGGAGCGGCGGCUUUGAUUUCCGCGGAGCGGGGGCCCCAGCCGCCCGCCCCCGGCCCGGCGGCCCCGCCCAGCGGCACGCCCACGAGGCCCGGGGAGGGGCCUGUCCGCGGGGGCGGGGGCGCGCCGGGGGAGACCCUCCCAGAGCCUGCCCCGGGAGCCCGCCAGUCGUCCGCCCGCAGGGAUAGACCCGGUGCAGCACGGGGCUCCGAGGGGCUGGGACGGGUCCCCUCUUCCCCUCGCUCCCCGUUACCCGACCUGGAUCCUGGGCGCUGUGCGGGGAGGUCACCGAGGGAAGGGGUCGAUCUGUCGCCUCCGUGCUCCCGGCCCUAUGGAGGGAGACACCUGGGUCUAGACCCCUGUUGCCCAGACUCGCUCUGCCUCUCCUCUCGUGAUCCGGGGCGGCAUCUAAAAAUUGUUGGCGCCUGCGAGGUUUGUCCUAAAAAAACACCCAGCACUGCAGAGCCUGGCGUUUCCAGCAGGACCACACGGAUUCCUAGAGACUGCUUCCCCCAUCUGAGUUUGCACCCCAGCUUUCCUCCUGGUCUUGACUCCCAUGUGAUGACAGCAGCCAUGGACUGAUGCCAGUUGUGUGCGAGGUGCCGUGCUGAGUGCACGAGGCUCCCUCUUUGACCUCUCAGCCACCCUGAUGGAAACUUGUUAGCACACCCACCUCACAGGUGGGGAGACUGAGGCCUGGCUGAUAAGUAACCCUUCGGAGGUCAC